AUGGGGCAGAGUGGGGAGGGAGCCAUCUCGGCAACUCCCGUGACUCAGGGUGUGGGUAGGCCUUUUAAGAGGCAGAGGGGUUUAAACCCGCAACAGAGAGGUCGGGCUAGAACUCCCCUUCUAGUGUCGGAUUUGGGUUCGGAAGAACGUAAACAGAGGGGUGUCAUUUGUUUCAAAUGUGGUCUACUGGGCCACAAGGUUUCGGGUUGCCCACAGAGGAAGGGGCCAGGGUUAGCAGUUCAACCAGUGGCUGUACCACCAGGAUCAUCUAACCAGCCGGGUUUUGGGCCGAUCAACCGCUCAGUGGGGAGGCAGUUGUUGGGGUCUUCAUCAGCCCAGAUUCUGAACCAGUCUCGUGCUCAGGCACCACCUACUUGUUGGUUGUGUAAUCAGCCGGGUCACAUUCGACGUUUCUGUACUCAGCCGGGGGCUUCUUUAGGGGUUUUGCAACCUAGCCAGGCUCAGUUUCAUUCGACUGGGCAGGAACAGUAUCGUUUUGAGGGACUAGCAGGCCAGAUUGCGAGGGCCUCAGUAGAGUCGAGUUCCCAAGCCCCUGUUGGGGAAGUUUGUAGUUGUUCCAAGUGUGGACAGAGGGGGCACGUCAGUAGUUCUUGUCCAUGUAUAGAUUUCGGUCUAUUGUCGGGUGAACUCGAGAGGAUGUUAUCAGAAGGGUUAAUUGGGUAUAUAGCCCGUGGUUGGGGAGUGACCAGUGGAUGGAGUCACAGUGGUAUGGUGUUUGCAGAUGAAGAUGUGGGUUAA